AUGGAGCAUACUCUGUCCCGGAAAAAUGUGGUGGGCUCGCUGCUCACUGUGCGUCCUGCUGGGGCUGAUGCUCUUCAGGGACAACAGAAAACCACAUUGGAGGUGGGUAUCCUCAGCGAUGACGGCUCUUCAGAAAAGGAACGGGCUCUAGGCCUACUAGAGAGGCGGCGAAAUGAGGCUGUUGCUCGUGAUUUGAACACGUCAAGUACUGCAGUACAGCAGAACCAGGCGAAUGAAGGUGCGAAGGAGAAUGCGAAGGUGGGUGAAGAAGAACCUCAAUGCAGUUACGGAUGCAGAAAAGGCUGGCUUGGCGACGGCUGGUGUGACAGCGCUUGCAAUACGGAGGCUUGUCACUUUGACGAAGGGGACUGUCUAGGAUGGUGUUCGGGAGAUUGCAAGCCUUCCUGGGAAGGUGACGGCUACUGCGAUGCUGCAUGCUAUGUACCCGCAUGCAACUGGGAUCGAGGUGACUGCUUAGGAUGGAGGGACCAGGGUGUGCAGCCAGUAGAUCGCCGAACACUGCAGCAGAAGCUGAAACAGCUACAUCAGCACCGUCUUCAGCUGCCGGAGUGCAAGUGUGAGCGCAGGCUUCUAGUGAACGGUUCGUGUACAGCAGAGUGUAACGUACCUGAGUGUCUUUUCGAUGGCGGCGAAUGCCUUGACAUGUGUAACGCUAAGUGUUCGAAGUCCUGGUUGGGUGACGGAGACUGCGACCGCGAGUGUGACACCGCCGAAUGCGGGUAUGACAAAGGCGAUUGCGACAGCAAGACGAACGCUACUUUGCAAGCGAUACGCAAAGAAAAUGGAAAUGCAGAUGCAUGUGACUCCUCUUGCCGACUUUGGAUGAUUGGCAAUGGUGUCUGUGACAAACAAUGCAAUAAUGCCGCAUGCGGGUAUGACAAAGGAGACUGCGAUAAUAUCACUGCAGUGGUGGAAGUAGAUUACUCCGUAAAGCCCGAAGCGGUGUACCAAUUCUGUGCCAAAGAGUGGAUAGGAGACGGGCACUGCGACGCUAAUUGCUACAACAAGCCGAGCAGAUGGGAUGGAGGUGACUGUGAGGGAACAGAGUUCGAGAAGGAACAGGCGGCCAGGGGCAUCGGCCCUCAGUUUGAUCAGUAA